AUGUCGUCGAAGCAAUUGUUGAGGUUCGACUUGUUCUCCAAGACUGUGGAGGACUCAAAGAUCAAGACCACCUCGGGGGGUCUGAUCACCAUCUCGUGCAUCGUGUCGGUUUUGCUGCUAUUGUUGAACGAGUUCCGCGAAUACUCCAAAGUGGUGACAUUACCAGAACUGGUGAUUGAUCGUGACAGCUCUUCCACUAUGGAGCUGCACUUCGACAUUUCGUUCCCCAACUUGCCGUGCGAUCUGAUCACUCUUGACAUCAUGGACAUCUCCGGGGAUCUCCAGACGGAUAUCAUGAAGUCGGGGUUUGUUCAAAUGAGAUUGGACAAAGAAGGUGAGGUCUUGGGAAAAGAACAAUUAACCAUGAACCUGGACCUGGACGAGCUUAGCCGGACCCAAGACCCCAAUGUGUGUGGUUCAUGCUACGGUGCUCUAUCGCAGGAGGACAAUGACAAUAAGCCAGUAGAAGAGCGUGUUUGCUGCAACACCUGCGAGGCUGUCAGACAGGCAUAUGCGCACACAGCAUGGGCGUUUUAUGACGGAGCAAAUAUUGAACAGUGUGAAAAUGAAGGCUAUGUUGCGCGUAUCAACGAGAGACUCAACGAGGGUUGCAGGGUUAUAGGCAACGCGGAAAUCAACCGCAUUGCUGGAAACCUUCACUUUUCGCCUGGAGCUUCACUGACCCAACCAGAUAAGCAUGUGCACGAUCUAUCAUUGUAUGAUAAACACCGUGACCUGUUCAACUUUGACCAUAUCAUCAACCACUUUUCGUUUGGCGGAGACCUGGUUUCGCAGGCUCCUUUGGACGGCAAGACUACUCAUGUCGGAAACAAAUACCAUUUGUUCUCGUACUUCGUCAAAGUGAUUGGAACACGCUCUGAAUCGCUAGAUGGCCGUGUUGUUGAGUCUAACCAGUAUUCGUCCACAUACCACGAUCGUCCAUUGAAGGGAGGCCGUGAUGACGAUCAUCCAAACACCAUUCAUGCCCGCGGCGGGAUCCCGGGUCUGUUUUUCCACUUUGAUAUUUCUCCUUUGAAGAUCAUCAAUCGUGAGCAAUAUGCUAAGACAUGGAGUUCCUUUUUGCUGGGAGCGUGUUCUGCUGCCGGAGGUGUUUUGACAAUUGGAGCCGUUCUCGAUAGGACGAUCUGGACUGCCGAUCGCAUCAUCAGAAGCAAGAAGGACUUGUAA